CCCCCACCCAGGGGUGCUGCCUGCCGUCGCGCCAUCCGCGCGCCCCCCUCUCUCUCCGCGCCAGCCGAAGCUCUCCAUGCCCCCGCACGACUGAUCCGGCGCGCCUCGGAGCCGGGGGAGGGGGAGGCUGGACGGAGACCCCCCCGCAGCGCCACCUUUCUCCGCCGCCGCCCCCCCGAGCGAAGCCGGCCCUGCAGGACCUUGGACAGAAGACGCGCCGUCGGCCGAGGGAGCGCGCACUGCGGUGGGUACCAGCGGGAAGGGGGAGGCUGGGAUACAGGGCGCCAUCGCGAGCAUCCCUUCUCCCCCCUCCCUUUGAAGGGGAUGCAGCAAAAAACAUGGGGGGGGGGGGCGGAGGCAGCGUGUGUGUGUGUAUACACGCCAGGAUGGGUCGGAGGAAAACAUUGGCAGGAGGAAAGGUGUCUUCGGGAAAGAUGGGGCGGCAGGAUGAAUGGUUUAUUGUUGUUGUUUUAAAUUGCAUUUGUAUAGCACCGUUCCUCUGAAGAUGCCAGGGUGGGUCAGGAGAAAAUGAGAAUAAACCACACACACACACACGCAUCUGCUCAACGGCACAUGCAAGGCACAACCGUUUCCAGCCCCGCAGCUGCUUUGCAAAGGGUCAGCAUUCGCGACGCAGCAAGUUGCGCGUCUGUAAUUAUAUGAAAUGCAUGACUGAUGCCCGUAUAAUGUGCUCAGGCAGAGCUUCCCCAGGAGUGGGCAAAGUCUGUUGCUUUGGAGAGGCAUGUGCACCUCUGACAUCAUGCUGCUGACCAAACGGGCUCUGAUCUGGCCCACCGGAGGUGCUGCCGUGAUCCAUCCAACACACCAGCGAGAGGCUUUUGUUUUGUUUUUUUGCUGCAACGGGAUAAUAUGGCUACCUCUAGGGAACGCACAGGGUUUAGCACAUGGCUGCGUGUGCAGAGCUUGCGCAGGGGGUCGUACACAGGCUUUGGGUCUGCUGGAGUAGGGCAGGGUGUCAGGCCAUGUCGGUAAAAAUAAAAAAAGGCGGAGGGAGAGACCCAGCAGCCAAUGUGUAUCUGAGGUGGCCUUAAAGAUUUGGGAGGGGAGGGAAGAAAAAGAGAGGGAUGCAGUGGAAGCCAGAAAAUAAUGCCAGAAAAGGAUGGAUGGAGACAGGAAAGGGAGGGGUGAGAAGGGGUUUCUGCACCCUCAGGGAAAGGGUGGGGGGUGAGAUUCUGUGUGCUUGGGAGAAAAAAGGACCUCUGCUCUUGCUUAUCUGAACCGUUUUUCCUUUGGCAGGUCUGAACUGAAUCUGUAAGGCUGCGGCAUAGGGGUGCUUGAAGCAGAGACCGCUGCCCGUGCCCAGCCAGCAACCCCAAAGGUGGCAGGCUGACGCCCAGCCCCCCUGUUCCGUUCGCCUCCCUCCCUCCUCUGCUACUUGCGCCAUGGGUACCGUCUUGUCCCUUUCCCCCAGUUACCGGAAGGCGACCCUCUUUGAGGAUGGCUCGUCCACGGUGGGCCAUUACACGGCCGUGCAGAACAGCAAGAACGCCAAAGACAAGAGUCUCAAGCGUCACUCCAUCAUCUCGGUGCUGCCCUGGAAGCGGAUCGUGGCCGUGUCGGCCAAGAAGAAGAACUCCAAGAAGGUCCAGCCCAACAGCAGCUACCAGAACAACGUCACGCACCUCAACAACGAGAACCUGAAGAAGUCCCUCUCGUGUGCCAACCUCUCCACUUUUGCCCAGAACCAGGGCGCCCAGCCGCCGGCGCCCAACAGCCAGAUUUCCACCUCCAAGAGCAACCUGUCCUCCGUCAAGAAGACCCCCCACCCCAAUGCCAACUCCACCGGCACCCCCAAGAGGGUCAUUGUCCAAGCUUCGACCAGCGAGCUGCUUCGGUGCCUGGGCGAGUUCCUCUGCCGGCGAUGCUACCGUCUGAAGCACCUAUCGCCCACCGACCCGGUCCUCUGGCUUCGGAGCGUUGACCGGUCCCUGCUCCUCCAAGGCUGGCAAGACCAAGGCUUCAUCACCCCGGCCAACGUGGUGUUCCUGUACAUGCUUUGCCGGGACGUCAUCUCUUCCGAAGUGGCCACGGACCAUGAACUCCAAGCCGUCUUGCUCACCUGCCUCUAUCUCUCCUAUUCCUACAUGGGCAACGAGAUCUCCUACCCUCUCAAGCCCUUCCUGGUGGAGAGCUGCAAGGAGGCCUUUUGGGAUCGCUGCCUCUCCAUUAUUAACCUCAUGAGUCCCAAAAUGUUGCAGAUCAACGCCGACCCGCACUAUUUCACACAGGUCUUUGCCGACCUGAAGAACGAGAGCAGCCAGGAAGAGAAGAACAGGCUGCUCAUUGGCCUGGACCGGUGAGCUUUCGGGCUCCCUUGCCGCUGGGAUGAGGGGGGAACAUUUUUUCCUUCUUUUUAUGUUGUUUUUGUUUUUGAAACAAACCGGGACACAAAAGGUGGGCAUGGGCAAGGCUGAGAGAGGACACUUGAGCCUCCGUUCUUCGGCUUGGCUUUUUGGGAUCCAAAAAACAGACACAUUUCGAAAAGGAUAAGUGGUGAAUUCGGGCCUCGCCUGUCUGGUUUUCUGUGGCUUCCUCUCGCCCUUAAUGUCAACAAGGAGGGGGCGAGCAGGUGGGGCUUGGAGCCAAGCGCAACGCUGGCAAGACCACGGCGUCCCUUCGCCUCUUGGCUUUUGCCUCAGAGAUCCUCAGCCGGGGAGGGGAGAUCCAUCUUGUACUUCUUAAUUCCUCGCCGCGGAUUGCGGAGGUGGCGAAACAGCAUUUACUGUCCUCCAGACGAAAGCGGGAGCCAACCCAGCGCAUGUUGCAGAGCCUGGCGUUCUGGAAAAGGGAUCAAAGGACGGGAUCCACCUCCUCUUUUUCUUUCCACCAUCUUGCGCACUCGCCUGAGCGAAAUGACACCAAAACAGUAUUGGCCUCCGGAAAGGGACCCUUAUUGCAUGGAAACACGUGGUUACACCCUAGCAGAAGUGGGGAAGGAAAAGUCAGGCAGGCCCUUUGGCAUGUCUCCCCUCUCGCCGCCUUUCCCUGGGGGAGGCAGCCCCUUUGGUUUACAUCCGUGCCAAAGGGCAAAGGUGAGAUUUGGGGGGUCAUUUCCUGUGACAGUACCCAAAGGGGAAAAAAAGUCAAGGUAGCCAAUAUGGAAUGGGUGGCUGAGAUGGAACGGGCACUCACCUAGUAUUAAUUUUGCUGGCAAGUUAUUUAGGUGGACGUUUGAUACAUUUUGAGUUUUAUUUUUUAUUGCACAGUAUAUAAACUGGCUGCUUCAGAUCAGAGUGACUAUGAUUCUGUUGAGGCCUUCUGAGCAGCUGGAAUAAUGGUCCCUUUUCAAGAUAAACCUUUCAGGAAAAUGUAAGGCUGGUGCCAGUCGCUUUGUUGUCCAGAUGAUUCGGUGCUGAACCCCGAUAUACACCUGAUAUUCUUUGUUACAGAUUCCUCCCACCCCAUCCUGAAAUGGAAAAUUCCUUGGCAUUUAUUUAGCCAGCCAACCAUCUUAAUAUUUUAUGAGGGGUGGGGCGGAGGGAACGUACCAAGCGGGGAAAGAAUGAUGACUAUGUAAUAAUAAAGAGAUCCAUAGCAAACACUACAAUUUCAGGAACAGAUUGUGACUAAAGAAGCUUGGGAAUAUAAAACUGAAGCAUAUACAGAAUAGACACACAUUUAGUAUAUUCUGAGAUUUAUAUUGCUUUUUUAGUCUCUAAAAAAAAGCAUGCUGGCACCUAAUAUUUUUUCAGUAUCCCUUCCCCCCACAUUUCUGGCACUGAAACAUUUGAUGUAGUCCUCUAAAAAAAAUUAUUCCGGUGCUUAGGAAUUUAAUUUAUUUUGCUUAGCCCUCUGGUUCUCAAAAAGGAAGAGGUUAAAAAAUCUUUCUGAUCAGCAAGCUUCAGGGAUGGUAAAUGUAUAUAGAGAAGAGUGGGGGGUGGGGGUGGGGGCGGUUGGGGAGGGAGGGAGUGCAACAACACCGAAAUAUACACUGAAUUUUGCUCAGUUAAUGACAUGCCGAAUUAAAUGCCAAUAGUCCCGGGUCUAGGAUUCUGCUGAAGAUGUGAACUUCCUUUACAAUGGAGGUCAUCUUCUCUGUAUUUAAGUUCCCGUGGGACAACAGAGGGGACAAAGACGCUCAGACACUGUCGGGUGUUGAGGUAGCUAUUGGACAAAAGGCCAAGUUCAAAGCGUUCUGGGCUCCAUCUCUGAUCCUGGUGUUAUGGAUGCUGGCAUUCUGGCAGAAGGAAGGCUUGUCUUGUACUUAACGGUUGUUGAAUAGGGUAGCUUGCAAUUAACUUCAAAGCAGCAGAGCACUAUUUAAAUUAAAGAAAAUAAUAAUGUAAGAGGAACAGGAAAAAAAAGCUGUGAAAUUUCAAAAGGAAAAAAAAAGGUCUGAGCUGAGAGGCUUUGAGGUAGACAGGAGCUGAGAUUUUGUGAAUAUGAAACGGCUGCUGGGUUUGCUAAGCAGGUCCUGCCAUCGCCUCCGAAAGCUAGGCCGAAAUCUGAGCCAUUCAAAAGCGAGACACUGACUGUUAAGCGUAUGUUUUGGGUUCAUAGCGGGAAGGAGAGCCUUAGAGUCGCGAGGGAGGGCUUUGGGUCCUUCGCAGUGAAUGGGGAAUCGGGGGGUGUACAGAUCUCCAUUGCAUGACCAUUUUUGCUGCUCUAAAAUGGAUGGCACAUAUUUCAUUUCAGUCCCCCCCUCAUCAUCAACUUGGGCGUUCCUUGCUCAGCUUCUUCGCUGGCACCUGGAACACCUUGAAGACUAAAUUCUAGCCUGUCUCUGGAUAAGUAAUUCUCCUAAACAACCCCCUUCUUCAUAUGCUUUCCUUCUUUUCUAUUUAAUAUAAAAGGGAAAUUAUAGUUCUUUAAUCAACAUGGUUCUGGAAGGUUGCGGCUGCAGUCCUAUGCAUGCUUACCUGGGAGAAAGCCCCAGUGAACAAAGCAAGGCUUACUCCAAAGUAAGCAAACCAUGGGUUGCAUUGCAGAGGGAGCUAACAACCGUAUGUGCAUCCCUUGGUGCGAAAACCUGUCUUGUUCUUUUUAGGAGUCCUGGAUGCAGUGUAUUUACUGGGAUUUUUGUAACAGCAAACAAAAGAUCAACUGAUAUACUUGAGUACAUAAGAGCAAUGAAUGGGGUUUUAACGUGCUGCUAUACAAAGCGAAUACUUUUUAGAACAAAAUCUAUGCUGAUAAAUACAAAGGGGUGUGGGUGGGAGGGAAAAAGAUCUUUCUUUUGUUCUUUCACCAUUGCUUUCCAGUGACGUUUUUUGCAUGCCAAAAGCAUCUUUUGACAAAAGGCAAAACCUUAGAACAGCUGAUUGUAAAAACAAAGAAGCAAAAUAAAUCGCUGUGCACAGAUUUCAAGCACAUCACCCCCCCGCUCCCCACCGCUGUCAAAACAGGCCCUCCUACCCUUAGGUCAUUCAAAUCGAUAUAUUUUCAUCUUGAGACUUCUAGACCUUUUCUAAUCUUAACUGUACACAGUUCUUAAAGAGUUCAGCUGUGUUCUAAACCGUUGUUACUACUUCUUUUUUUUCAAAAGGAAAAAAAAAACUGAAAGAAAAAAAUGUGCCAUUUUUUUCACUUGAAAUUCUGCAUACCUGUACAUUUUAUGUGUGGGGUGGGUUGGGGAGGGGAGAAGAGGAGAAAGAAAAAAAACAGAAAACCUGCUAAAUUCUACAUGUAUGUGUAUGUUAAGGUUUUUGGGGUUUUGUUUUUUUUUAGUGUGCAAUCUCUUCUGUAGAUAUUUGUUGACCAAAAUUGGUAUUAUUAUUAUGAUUAUUGCUUAUUAUUACUUAAAUUAAUUUAUAAAUUGUCCUUUUUGUAUGUAUGUGUAUUAUAGUGAGUUUGUAAGUAUGUGAGGUUUAUAAAUAUGACAAGACUGUCACAGAGCUGUGUGUGCCUGUAACUUAACGCCCCCCCCCUUAUUUUUAUUUAUUUUUGUACUGUGCUGAUUAAAAAUAAAAUGCACUGACCAUCCAUUACAUGAUGGUUUUCAGAGCUUUAUUUUAUAUAUAUAUAUAUAUUAAAAAACAUAUGCUGUUGUAUGAUGGCAGGAGGCGAUGAUAGACAAUGAAGACAAUUGUAAAUAACAGAGCCAUCGGAAUUUAAUUGGAUUUGCCUUGUUGAGAGCGGUUUAACGCAAGAGGCUCUUAAAUCAAGGUUAAGUCAGUAUGGUUCACGGGUUCUCUCCUGGUUGCCACGGAGGCAAUAUCCUGCAGAAACUGAGUAGGCAGAACGAAGUUCGCUGGACGACAACAUCAUGACAGAUGGUUGCUAGGAUUUUUACAAAAGAUGCUGGCCUAGGUAGACUUUGAUCUGAUUCACCAAUAG